UUGUAGAAGUAUUUUCGCGGGACACUUCCAGCAUUAAUGGUAUCGAACAGAAAUUUCAGGUUUUGUUUCCGCUCUCCAGCUCACCACCACCCCAGGUUGCGAUAGAAAUUGCUAGCUCCCCGUCUCGCGGGAUUCCUUCCUGCUUUCUACAAAUCCCCCGACUUCGACAUUCUAUCAUCAUCCAACCUUUUCCGCCAUCACCUGCUCGACUUCAGAGAUGAUUCCAGGCGAGGUUUCGAUCACUCCUAACUUAGGCCUGUUCACCGACUUGAACCAGAAGCCCGGCUCCAAGCGGCCUUACGCAGACGCAUUCGACGCAGCAGACGAUACAAUGUUCUCCUUCGGCCAACCCGGGGACCUAUUCGAUCGAGGCGUCGAUCAACUGAUGACAUACAUGGGAGAAAAUCCCGAAAAUGACGACAGAGUGCUUCCAAACGUCGAUAGGAUUCUUCCGGACGACGUCCCUGAAGAGUCCGUCGGCGAGGGAGGCAGCCAUGGCCAUUUCGGCAUGUUCCACUCGAACCCAUUUGGUUCGGACCCUGUUUCGUUUCAAGACGGCUCCUGCCAGCCCCAGCUGGUCCCCUGCGCUCCGAAACCGGCUUCUCAGCUGGCCUCUCUACCGGCGACGGCGAUGAAUCCCGACGCGGCUGACUCAGUCGCGGAUGGAGCCUUCGCCGGUUCGCCUGACGCCUUCAGCUCGCCGGAUGGAUUCGCGUCGGAUGAGCUGAAACUGUCGUUCGGUGCAAUGGAUGAUCAUCAUGAUGACGUGGAUGCGCUGAACCAGCAGGACCUUCGCUAUAAUCUCAUGCUCAGAGGAGCGGGCCUCGCAGAGCAUUCAACCGCGGAUGAUGUUUCGACGCAUCCCAAGAUGGAGUACCCCGCGCUACAUCCGAUGAGCCAUCCGAUGUAUCCGCAGCACAUGCCGCUCUACUACCCAGGCAUGCCUACCAUGCCGCCGCCCUACUACGGCAUGACGUACCCGCCUUUCGCGUACAACCCCUGGAUGACCCCCUACGCGCUGCCUUUCAUGCCUCCUCAACAUGCUAUGCCUGGAGCCGGCGCAAUCGCCGACCCGGCCGCUAUCGCUCGUCAGCGUCGCUUGUCGGCGGAUUCAGCUCGCGGAAAGCGACGACGCCACGCAGCCCACCACGCCGCACAUCAUGCCCCACACCAAGUCGCAUCCUCGCAUGUACCUUCCGCAAUGCCUUCCGCCAUGUCUUCCGCACCCGCCUUCGGCCACCCUGUCCAAUCCGCGUCCUCCAUGUUCCCCUGGACCCACAUCCAUCCUGACGCUCCCGAAACGGCCAGCCCUGCCCCCUCCUCGCCGUUCCUUCCGUCGUCUCUCACUCCGCCCUUCUCUCCCUCCGUCAUCCCAUCGUCUCCCAAGGCCGCUGCGUCGCCCGUGCCGUGCGCCUCGCCCGUCGUUGGGGAAAUCGGAACCGGAAGGCCUGCUGCGAAGAGUCCUUUGGCGAAAUCUUCGGUGACGAAAUCGCCGCUGGCGAAGCACCGCGGUGUAACAACCCCAGCAGUAGUCGCUGCCGUGACCGCUGAUGCCGAGAUUACCCCUGCCCCUGCUACGACCGCCGCCGAACCUCUGGCUUCACCUGCUCUUAAGGUGGAAGACGACGAGAGCGUUCCGGCCACUCUGUCUACCGCAUUUCCCGCAACUAUCCCUGGCAGUAUCCCCACGAUUCCGGAAGCAGUCCCCGGUAUAGUAGCUCCCGCUCUGGCGGCCGCGCAGCAGGCGCGGGGAGGCAAGCGCACCGCGAAGCAGCAGCGGGACGAGCGGCGCGUGAAGCGGCUGCUGCGGAACCGCGUGAGCGCGCAGCAGGCGCGGGAGCGGAAGAAGCACUACGUGGCGGAGCUGGAGCAGCGGUGCGAAGCGGUGGAGAGGAGUAACGCAGAGAUUGAGGCGGAGAUUGCUGCGCUGGUGGCGGAGAACGAGAGGCUCAGGCAGUCAAUCAGGCCUGGCGCGAGGGAGAGGUGAGGUGAGGGAGGGUAGACUGAACGCUCGAGAUGAGAGGAGUAACGCGGAGAUCGAAGAGCAGAUUCGCCUGCAGCGCUGGUGCAGGAGAUCGAGAGGCAGAGGCCUUCCAUCAGGCCUGGUGCGAGGGAGAGGUGAGGGAGGUGAGGGAGACAGAGCAGGCGAGGGAGAGUAGUGCACAGAAGGUGCUGGAAAAUAACGCGGAGAUUGAAGAGCAGAUUGCUGCGCUGAUGCCGGACCAUGAGAUUCACGAAGGGGCCCGUCCUUUCCUUAAUGAGACUGGACUGGAGCCUCUUACUGACGAAUCGUGGGUUCAAGCAAGUGCUUCUAGCUUGGUACUUCGACAGUGGAGAGCAGUUGGAGCACAGGUAUGAGGCUGUAGAACACUGAUCUGGAGGUCAGGAUGUUGGAGAAAAGAGAGUUCGGAACAAACCAUGUGGGGGGGAUGCACGUUGGAGAGGCAUGCAGGGAUGGGGACUUAAUCUAGCGUCAAUUUUGGAGAACUAGGAGGAAUACUUUACGCUGUACAGUAGAGUAGGCCAGUUUCGCGUGUUGUAUAUAUGCUUCGUACUAUGCUAGCCCGUCAAAUCCAUCUGCCUUGUUGUUGAGAAAGUAGGAUUGAGAAAGUGGGAUAGGUUGAGCAACUCAUCAAUUCUUACAGCAGAAGUGUACAGAUUAAAAUUUGCACUCAUUU